AUGCGAUCCCCGAUCCUCCUGCUCCUCCUCGGCGUGCUCCUCGCGCUCACCCCAGGCGCCGAGGCCGGCAAGCUCGGCAAGCUCCUCUGGUGGAAGCACUGGGGCAAGCACGGCCACGGUCACCGGUCCGGAAGCGGCUGGUGGGCCGCGUCCGCGACCAAGUCCGACGAGAAGGGCAUGGACCACGGCGAUAUGACGAAGAUGCACGGCGACAUGGACAUGUCUCACAUGGACGACGACGCCGACGACGACGAUUCCCAGGACUGGUGGCGCUCCAAGAGCUGGCGCACGGAGUCCUGGUGGGGUAAGCACAUGAGCCGCCACGGCGGCUGGAAGAUGCGCUCGUCCGGUCGCGCCUUUGGCAGCGGGCAGGGCAUCAGGGCGGCCAAGUGCAUGGUCCGCGAGUGCGGCAUGGAACUGCAGAAGUGCCGCAUGGACAUGACCUGCCGCCAGGGCGUCAAGUGCGCCGUCGGCUGCGGUAUGGGAUCUGACGACGACAGCCGCCAGUGCUCACUGGACUGCGCCCUCGACAACCGCAACGACGUCUCCACGGCGCUGUUUGGCUGCAUCGUGAAGGAGGGGUGCUUGCCCGAGAUGUAA